CGGAUUGAAAUUUCAUUUAUGGUGGAGGCUGCCAUGGCCUACAUCUGCAGGAACAAAAACAACCGUUUCAACAUCGGAGCCAAGAAGACGAAAGGAGCCGGUGACGGAGGUGAAGAUGAUACGGAUGGUGAGGAGUGUGACGUGGAGGUCUGUGAUACGCUAAGCAACAGCUUUAAGAAGGCGCAGGCCGUGUUGGAUCAGAACCGGGAACUCAUCAAGAAAGUGAACGAGAAUCACCAGUCAAAGAUUGCCGAUAAUCUCGUUAAGAACGUCGGAUUGAUACGGGAGAUCAACGGGAAUAUCUCAAAGGUUAUCGAUAUUUAUUCCGCUUUGUCGGUCAAUUUCUCGGAAAUCGUUCGUCAACGCAAAAGGACCGGGAACGGGAAGAUGGAAAACAUGCGCUCUUGAACUGAAUUCCACUGCGGGAUUUCCUCGUCUGCCUUUUAAUGUUGCCGGCAGACAGAUGAAUCAUUGAAUACGAGGUAUUUUUCAUACACAGAGACUAA